AUGGAUCCGUUUUCCCUUUAUUCUCCCGGGUCUUCUCGUGUUCCCAUACUGGUUGAAAGGAAAAAGUGGACACCACAAGAAGAUAUAGUCUUCAUCAGUGCUUGGUUAAACACCAGCAAAGAUCCCAUAGUUAGUAACCAGCAGAAGUUAGUGUCUUUUUGGAGAAGAAUUGAGGAAUAUUUCAAUUCAAGCCCUCUGCUAACAGGCUCUUCUGGAAGAGAGUGGAGUACAUGUAAGCAGAGGUGGGGAAGGCUAAAUUCCGAGGUUUGUAAGUUUGUGGGAAGCUAUGAGGCCGCUUUGAAGGAGCAAGCUAGUGGCCAAAAUGAGAACGAUGUCAUGAAGGCUGCCCAUGACAUCUUCUUCAACGACUACACGGGCAAGUUCACACUUGAACAUGCGUGGAGGGAGCUGCGGUUCGAUCAAAAGUGGAGGUCAACUUAUUUAACAACAGAUGGUGCAAAGGAGAAAAGGAAGGAAGCUACAGAGACGGUGCCUGACUCGGAAGAAGAGGUUAGACCACCUGGUGUUAAGGCUUGCAAAGCAGCCGCCAAACGCAAGAAGCAUGGGAAUGAAGCAGCGUAUGAUCGACUACAAACCAUUCUAGACAUGAAACAGAACAUAUCCAAACAGAAACUACUAGAUCGUCUCCUCUCAAAAAAAGAUACUCUAACUGAUAGUGAGGUGUCUCUCAAGGACAAACUCGUAGCUGAGAUGCUUUGA